AUGCCCGCAUAUCAUAGUGUCUUCCUCGACGAGCCGAACCAGCAACUAAUCGGCAACUUCGCCCUUCUCCCCCUCCGAACAAAGACCCGCGGUCCAGCACAACAACUCCCCCAACUCCCAGCCGGCACCUCAGACAUCGACCUCGACCCGUCAAACGAAUCCUACGACCCUCUAGAUGAGGUCCUCUCGCUCUUCCGCGCCAACACUUUCUUCCGCAAUUUCGAGAUCAAAGGCCCCGCAGACCGGGUGCUGAUAUACGGCAUCCUCUUCCUCAGUGAUGCAUUAUCGAAGAUCAAACCAGGCAUGAGCAAACGGGAUGCAGAGAAGGCCGUGGGGAACGUGGCGCUGGAGACGAAUUUCGCGAUACCGGGCGAUGCGGGCUUUCCGCUGAAUCAGAUGUUUGAGCCGCCGCGGGAUCGGAACGAGGCGGAGGUGCUGAGGCAGUAUGUUAUGCAGAUGCGGCAGGAGCUCGCGCAGAGGCUGCUGGGGAGGGUGUACGUUGAUGGGUCGGGCCAGCCGAGUAAGUGGUGGCUGAGCUUCUCGAAACGGAAGUUCAUGGGCAAGCAGCUAUGA